CUACCUUUCCCGGCGUGCAGCGCCCGGCCGGGGGUUGGGGGAGGGGAGGGAUCAGGCCGUGCAGUGCCGAGCUGCGGGAGCCAUGGCGGAGUUGCGUGUGUUUCCCCUCUCCUGCCCUGUGCAGAAAUAUGCCUGGGGAAAGAUUGGCCUGGACAGUGAAGUGGCUAAGCUGCUGGCUAGCAGUGACCCCCUGGUACAGAUAGCACCAGAUCAGCCAUAUGCUGAGCUCUGGAUGGGAGCUCACCCCAAAGGCGAUGCCAUUAUUCUGGAUAAUCGAAUACCCCAGAAGACCCUAGGACAAUGGAUAGCAGAUAAUCCAGGGUGCCUGGGGUCCAAGGUCAAAGACACCUUCCAAGGCCAGCUGCCUUUCCUGUUCAAAGUGCUGUCAGUUAACAUGGCCCUGUCCAUCCAGGCUCAUCCCAACAAGGAUCUGGCAGGGAAGCUCCAUGCCCAGUUUCCUGAUCACUAUCCAGAUGCCAAUCACAAGCCAGAAAUGGCCAUCGCACUGACCCCUUUCCAGGGCAUGUGCGGCUUCCGGCCUGUCCAGGAAAUUGUGGCUUUUUUGCAGAAUGUCCCAGAGUUCCGGGUGCUGAUAGGCGACGUGGCGGCUGAGCAGCUGGAGCGCAGUGUGAAUGAUGAUCCGCGGGGAGUGUCUGCUGCUCUGCGCAUCUGUUUCACCAGGAUGAUGAAGAGUGAGAAGAAGUUUUUUGUGGACCAACUGAAUUUGCUGGUGAAGAGGAUUUCCCAGGAAGCUGCUGAGGGGAAGGACACAUCGGACAGCAAUGGGGAGCUGCUGCUGCAACUGCACUCACAGUUUCCGGGAGACAUCGGCUGCUUCGCCAUUUACUUCCUCAAUGUGGUGAGGCUGAACCCAGGGGAAGCCAUGUUCCUGGGUGCCAAUGAGCCCCACGCCUAUCUCUAUGGGGACUGCAUUGAGUGUAUGGCCUGCUCCGACAACACAGUGCGUGCUGGCCUCACUCCCAAGUUCAUCGACGUGCUGACCUUGUGUGAAAUGCUGAACUACACACCAGCGUCCAGCAGUGCUAAGAUCUUCCCUGCUAUACAGAGCCAGCUGGAUCCCUGUGUCUACCUCUACGACCCACCUGUGCCAGACUUUGCAGUCAUGAGGAUACAGAUCCCCUCAAUUAAGCUGUACCUCAUCUCUGCCGUCGACUCUGCCAGCAUCCUGCUGGUGAUCCAAGGGACAGCAGUAGGCACCUCCACCGGCGCAACAUCUGAAAUGACCUUGCGCCGGGGCUCCGUGUUCUUCAUCUCUGCCAAUGAGAGCAUCUCCCUGCAGGUCUCCUCGCCGGACGGAAUGCUGCUCUUCCGUGCCUGCUGCCUCCUCUGAUCUUGCACACAGAGCCUGCCCCUGCUGCAACUCCACUUAGAGUAGAUAGAAACUGGCCUGGGCAAAGCAGACUUCCAUGGUGUGGGUUAGUUUGAAACGUGCCCAUCAAGAGCAGUGGCAGUCCUAGAGCAGCAGGCACCCAGUCUGUAGAAGGAACAACUCUUGUUUCCUGUCCCUCCAACUUCUGGCCAGCUCCCAGGUGGCAGUGCUAAGUGCAGUGGUGGGAGAAAGAACCUGUUUGUCUGUCUUAACACCCCAACCACACCUGCCCCCUUUCUGGGCUCUGAGGUGUAAUGAGUUUCCUUAGCCCCAUGUAUUCCUGCAGUGCCUAUCCUUACCUGCUCUGUGCACAACAUGUAGCAGCUGUUUUCCUGUAGCUUUUAAGUGGACCAUUUGAUUUGUGUUAGGAGGGAGUGGAGGGGGGAACACUGCUGGGAUAUGUGCAUAACUAUGUAUGAUAGGUGUGUGAGGGAUUGGGAAUCACAGAACAGCAGGAAACAUGAUUGCUAGAGUUAAAGGUUGCUACCAGGAAUAGAUAUAGGAGAUUGCUCACGUUGCAGAAAUCUGUGCUGCUUUCUUUCCCAGCUUAUCCAUUUCCAGGCAAGGUGAUGCACUUUCAGGUACAUGAUCCACUCACCAGUGAAGUCCUUGCACCAUUAGGCUGGGAAUAAACCGUUUCCCAGGUAUGUACUGUGCAGAGGGAGAUUGCUUCUCUGAGCAAUCUAGGCAGGCUUCAGUCUCAGCUGACCCACUGUAUCCAAAAUGGGAUGAGAACACAGGCUGCUCUCACCCUAACCUGCAGCACAGACAGUUUUAGCAGAAAGAAGCUGCAUGCUUCUCUGGGCUUGUUGAUGUCUUCUCUCUGCAGGUCUGCUAGUGUUACUGUUGUCUUUGCUUCUGUGAUCAGAAUGUCCCAUAAUCAGACUGUCGGCAACUGCCUCCCUAUCCCAGUGUCAGUAACCAUCCCAUCCCUACUAGGUGGGUUUGCAGUGUUGCUGAGGGCAUGGAUAAACAGACAUGUGACAUGCUUCAAGCUCUUUUGAAGUGCUUUUAAUUUGUAGGAUCUCCGUAGCAGACAACACCCAGCUAAAGUAUCACCACAAAACACUUCAGAGUUGUUCUUGUUUCUUCAUCAUUUUUCAUGUGGUUUUGACUGAUUUGUAGCACUGUAACACCGUGCAUCAUCUAUCUGCUCAAUUAAAGUUGUUUAAAGUGC